AUGUCAAUUAUUGAUGACCGAACGGAUCCAUCUUACGACGGCGAGGACUACGAAGCUUCUAUAACGUUCGGAACCUAUCAACAAGAAGAAGUCGCCCCGUUUGCUGUUCAUCAGUGUAAUGUGUGUAAUAAAAUGUUUAUGAAUUAUAAAGGUCUCCAACAGCACUCUGUGAUUCAUACCGACACCAAACCAUACAUCUGCGAUGUUUGUGGCCGAGGAUUCCGAUACAAAUCGAAUAUGUUCGAGCAUCGUACCGUUCACACCGGCUAUACCCCUUAUGUGUGUCCAUUUUGUGGAAAACAGUUCCGAUUGAAAGGAAACAUGAAAAAGCACAUGCGAACUCAUGUGACAAGCAAAGAAGAGUUGGAAGCUGCUUAUAGACCAUAUUCGAGCAAUCGGCGUUCGUCUGGAAUUAUUCCGUCCGAUGCUCUAGUCAUUCGUGGGACAUCGAUGCCCUAUUACAAUCCAGAGAAGAAGCGAUCGGUUCCGAAACUUUUAUUGGGUAAAGAUCCUUCAAAAUGGGUUGAUAUGAUCUGCCGAAACCAGCUUAUCCCACUAUCUUCAUUUGACGAUAAAAUCAUGAGAGCUACAAUGCGAUUGACUAACUGUCACAUGGCAUCCGAUGUUCUAGAACAAGCUAAACCACUCGAGUUUGAGAUCUUUCGAUGCCCAAUUUGCAAGUGCGAAUGUAGUGGAAGAGAGGAUUGUCAACUGCAUAUGUAUGCUUCUCAUGAUAAGAAAGAAGCUGAAGAACCAAAUUAUUGCACGAAAUGCAUGAGAGUAUUCGCCGACGUAGAUAUGUAUCGUCAACACCAAAGCUAUCAUUCUCGUGUUCAAUUGAUGAUUCGUAAUAAUGAACUUGAAAUGGGCUCUCCAGAAGUCGAUAUCUCUCAAAUCUGCUACAGUAUGAUCACUAACACUGAAAAUGAGAUGAACAUUCUAAAACCAUCAGCAUAGUUUUUCCCCUGAAUUUUCCCCACAUCCCUGUCUUUCUAACGCCCGUGUAAUUGUUUUGUUCUGUUGCACUUGUUCCUUUCAUUUUUAUGAAGUUUUCAUUUUG